AAGCAGUGUUGUCUGCACAUUACUUCCUUGGUUUCACAUCGGACAAGCUUUAAUGCGACACCGCCGAUACUCGUCGUCAUUCAUCCUGGGCUGUCGACGCGCAGAGGUGUUAAAAGGUCCUCGUCAUGGAGCUGGCCCACAGUCUGCUGCUCAAUGAAGAUGCCCUGGCCCAGAUCACUGAAGCAAAGAGGCCUGUCUUCAUCUUCGAAUGGCUCCGCUUCUUGGAUAAAGUCCUAGUGGCAGCGAACAGGGUGGACGUGAAGGAGAAGCAGAAGAAGCUGGUGGAGCAGCUGACGGGACUGAUCAGCAGUGCCCCCGGACCACCAACGAGAAAACUGCUGGCCAAAAACCUUGCUACCCUCUACAGCAUCGGCGACACCUUCACUGUUUUCCAGACUCUAGAUAAAUGCAACGAGAUCAUUAAAAGCAAAGAUGACACGCCUGCGUACCUGCCGACAAAACUUGCUGCUGUGGCCUGUGUUGGAGCCUUUUAUGAGAAGAUGGGCAGGAUGCUGGGAAGCUCAUUUCCAGACACCAUUAAUAAUCUUUUGAAGGCGUUAAAGAGUGCAGAGUCCCAAGGCAGAGGAGAGAUCCUUCUCAGCCUGCAGAAGGUGCUCAGUGGACUGGGUGGAGCUGCAGCUUCGUGUCACAGAGAUAUCUACAAGAAUGCUCGCUCUCUACUCACAGACAGGUCCAUGGCUGUACGCUGUGCAGUAGCAAAGUGCCUGUUGGAGCUGCAGAAUGAGGCAGUUUUCAUGUGGACCACAGAACUGGAGAACGUGGCCACGUUAUGUUUUAAAGCCUUGGAAGGAUCUAACUAUGGUGUUCGCGUGGCAGUGGCCAAACUGCUGGGGACAGUCAUGGCCACUGCCCUGAUGCCCAAACAAGCAGCCGUGAUGCGUCAGAACGUGAAGCGGGCCACUCUGGAGGAGGUGCUGGAGCUAAUGGCCACAGGUUUUCUACGUGGUGGAUCUGGCUUCCUGAAGAGUGGAGGAGAGAUGUUGAAGGGCGGUGGUUCUGUCAGCAGGGAGGUGCGGGUGGGCGUCACACAGGCCUAUGUUGUGUUUGUGACUACGCUUGGCGGCCAGUGGCUGGAACGCAACUUUGCCACAUUCCUGUCCCACGUUUUGGACCUAGUGUCUCACCCACGGGCCACGCAAACACACGUUGAGGCUGUGUACUCGCGCCGUUGCGUCUCCUUCAUGCUUCGUGCCACCCUGGGGGGCUUACUUGGAGAGAAAGCACAAAUUGCAGCCGGCAAAGAAAUCUGCCAAGCCAUCAGCAAACAAAUGAGGGCUGUGGGUAAGGAGGAUGGGGGGGAAAUAUCACGGUUCAGAGCAUUACAGAAGGCAGUUGUUAAUGACAUCAGUGGAGAGAACAAGGCAGGGGCAGCUGAUGUCUCAGCCAGUCAGCAUGUUAUGGUGUGUGCCCUAAAAGAGCUGGGCAGCCUAGUUCAGAGCUUGAGUGCCACGGCUUCCCCACUCAUCCAGGAGCCAUCUAUUGGACUCCUUGAAACUGUGACCUCUGUGCUGCUGCACCCAAGCAUGGCAGCUCGAUUAGCGGCGGCGUGGUGCUUACGCUGUGUUGCCGUGGCGCUGCCCUAUCAGUUGACCCCUCUGCUGGACCGCUGUGCAGAAAGAAUUAACAACCUGAAGAGUUCACCUGAGGCUGUGAGCGGCUACAGCUUUGCCAUGGCUGCUCUGCUGGGAGGCGUACACCAGUGUCCACUGGGUAUCCCCCACUCCAAGGGCAAGUUGGUGGUGAGUAUAGCUGAAGACCUCCUGCGGACAGCUGCUCAGAAUAGCCGACUGUCCCUGCAGCGCACACAAGCUGGAUGGCUGCUGCUGGGUGCUCUCAUGACUCUGGGUCCCUCCCUCGUGCGCUAUCACCUUCCCAAGAUGCUGCUGCUGUGGAGGAACGUGUUUCCUCGCUCUCAGAAGGAGCUGGAGGCAGAGAAGGCCAGAGGGGACUCCUUCACCUGGCAGGUCACCCUGGAGGGCCGAGCUGGAGCACUUUGUGCCAUGCGCAGUUUUGUGGCCCACUGUCCCGAGCUGCUUACAGAAGAUGUGAUCCGUAGACUGAUGACUCCCAUUGAAUGUGCCAUGACCAUGAUGUCACAUGUCCCUGCCAUCAUUAAGGUCCAUGGUGCUCACCUGAAAGCAAGUGCAGCGAUGGUGAGGCUGAGGUUGUACGACAUCCUGGCUCUAUUGCCUCCCAAGACCUACGAAGGCAGCUUCAACGCCCUCCUGAGGGAGCUGGUGGCCGAGUUCACCUUGACUGACAACUCGGCCAACACUACCACCUCCUUGCUGCGCUCUCUUUGUCACUAUGACGACAGUGUGCUCAUGGGUUCCUGGCUACAGGAGACUGACCACAAGUCCAUAGAGGAUCAGCUGCAGCCCAACAGCGCGUCUGGCAGCGGAGCUCUGGAACAUGAUCCUUCCUCCAUCUACCUGCGUGUCCCUGUAGGCGAGGCCAUCCCAGGGCCCCUCCCUUUGGGUGUGUCGGUCAUCGAUGCUUCAGUGGCUCUGUUCGGUGUUGUUUUCCCCCAUGUGUCCUUCAAACACAGGCUGCAGAUGCUAGACCACUUUGCAGAGUGUAUAAAGCAGGCUAAAGGAGUUCGACAGCAGGCAGUCCAACUGAACAUCUUUACUGCAGUGCUUAGUGCCCUCAAGGGUUUGGCUGAGAACAAAAGUACUCUGGGUCCUGAGGAGGUGCGUAAGUCGGCCUUGGCCCUGGUGAUGGGAGCGUUGGACAAUCCCAACCCCAUCCUGCGCUGUGCUGCUGGGGAGGCCCUGGGCAGGAUGGCUCAGGUGGUGGGAGAAGCCACAUUCAUCGCCAGAAUGGCUCAGACCAGCUUUGACAAACUGAAGUCAGCCCGUGAUGUAGUAUCAAGGACGGGCCAUUCUUUGGCUCUUGGCUGCCUGCAUCGAUAUGUCGGAGGAAUUGGCUCAGGCCAGCAUUUAAAGACAAGUGUCAGCAUCCUAUUGGCUCUGGCCCAGGAUGGGUCCUCUCAUGAGGUCCAGACAUGGGCUCUGCACUCUCUGGCUCUGAUUGUGGAUUCUAGCGGUCCAAUGUACAGAGGCUACGUGGAGCCUACGCUGUCCCUGGUGCUCACUCUGCUCCUCACUGUGCCCCCGUCUCACACAGAGGUGCACCAAUGUUUGGGCCGCUGUUUGGGAGCUCUCAUCACCACUGUGGGACCAGAAUUACAGGGAAAUGGAGCCACUAUCUCCACCAUCCGAUCAUCCUGCCUGGUUGGUUGUGCCAUAAUGCAGGACCACUCUGACUCUCUCGUGCAAGCUGCUGCCAUCUCAUGUUUGCAGCAGCUGCACAUGUUCGCUCCACGCCAUGUCAACCUGUCCAGUCUGGUGCCCUGUCUUUGUGUGCACCUGUGUAGCUCUCACCUGUUGCUGCGCCGUGCUGCCGUGGCCUGCCUGAGACAGCUCGCUCAGAGAGAGGCUGCAGAGGUCUGUGAGUACGCCAUGAGCCUGGCAAAGAGAGCAGGAGACAGCAAAGACACUACAAUCAAGCUGAACAUCACAGAGACCGGUCUGGAGGGCGUUCUGUUUGGCAUGCUGGAUCGGGAGACAGACAGGAAGCUGUGUUCUGAUAUCCAUGACACGCUGGGCCACAUGCUGUCGUCUCUUGCUGUGGAAAAGCUUUCUCACUGGCUGAAACUCUGCAAGGAUGUCCUGGCUGCAACUACAGAUGUAGGAGGAGCUGUUGUAUUCGAGGUGGAAAAAGACGAGGAGGACUCGGAGAAAAAAGACGAGAUGGACGAUGACACCAUGUUCACAGGCCUGGGCGAAGAUGACAAGUCCAAGCCUUCUGUGGCGCCGCGCUGGGUGACACGGGUAUUUGCCGCGGACUGCUUGUGCCGUAUCAUCCUGCUGUGUGAGAAUGACAAAGCGCACUUUGACCUGGCAGCUGCCCGGUCUGCACAAGCCAAGAACCCCAAAGGAGAUCAACUGGUGUUGCAUUUGUCUGACCUGAUCCGCAUGGCCUUCAUGGCGGCCACAGACCACAGUAACCAGCUGAGGAUGGCCGGCUUGCAGGCCCUGGAGGACAUCAUUAAAAAGUUUGCCUCCGUACCAGAGCCUGAGUUCCCAGGCCACGUUAUCCUGGAACAAUACCAGGCCAAUGUGGGAGCUGCUCUCAGACCUGCAUUUUCGCCUGAUACACCGUCAGACAUAACAGCUAAGGCAUGCCAGGUGUGUAGUACGUGGAUCGGUAGUGGCGUAGUCAGUGAUCUCAACGACCUGCGGCGUGUCCACAACCUGCUUGUGUCGUCGCUGGACAAGGUGCAGGCUGGGAAGGGCUCAUCCAGUCAGCUGUACAGUGAGAGUGCUACCACGAUGGAGAAACUGGCCGUGCUAAAGGCGUGGGCCGAGGUGUAUGUGGUGUCGAUGAAGAUCAAGAAAGAGGCUGAGUCUAAGCCUGCAAAGCCGGUCCGAAAUGCAGAUGAUGACGAGGAUGAGGACGAUCUGGGCGCAGAUGUGCUUCCACCUGACAGCCUCAUCACUCUGGUGCAGCCAGAGCUGCCCUCACUGAGCCGCCUGUGGCUGGCCAUGCUGCGAGACUACGCUCUGCUCACUCUGCCUGCUGAGUUUUCCAGUCAGCUGCCCCCUGAUGGUGGAGCAUUUUAUACUCCGGAGACUAUAGACACAGCAAGGCUCCACUAUCGCAGUUCAUGGGCUCCCGUCCUGCAUGCUGUGGCCCUGUGGCUGAGCAGCACCGGAUUUGGAGCUGGUGAAGAGAAAGAAGAAGUCCCCUCAGCUCCCUCCAAGGCUCCUGCUCUCUCUCAAGGAGCCUCCUUCACCACAAAGACAGCUGAGGAAUCAGUGGAAGACAGAAUGCAUCUAUUGUUGGGUGUCAGUAUAGAGUUUCUUUGCUUCCCCCGACCUGAGGAGCCCAUUGAACAUGUGAUGUCCUGCCUGCAGGCUCUGUUCACUCUGCUAGAAUCUCCGUGGGCUAAGACCCAUAUCGCAGAGGACCAGCUGUUGGCUGUGGAGCUGCUGAACGUGCUCCACAGACUGCUGCUGACCCGGGAUCCCCCUGCUGUACAGCUCCAGGUCACUGCUGUUGUACAGGAGACCAUCAGGGCUGCACAGGACCAUCUGCAGCGACAAAGGACCAGCAAGGGCAAAGAGGAAGAAGGCGAGAAAGACUCCCAGCCCAGCCUAGGGGAAGGAGGAGAAACAGGGGAGCUCGUCCCUGGCAAGUCUCUGGUGUUUGCAGCCAUGGAGCUGCUCGUGUUCAUCCUGGUCCGCCACUUACCACAGCUUAAUACACGUGUGAAGGAGUCACCCAGCCAUGUGGCACUCAGGCCUCAGCGAUUGCCUGAAGAAAGCGCACGCCUCGUGGCAAACACAGUUUCCAUCCUGGCAGGGCUGCCUUCGCUCUGUUCUCCUGCUGGAGGCAUGACCAUUCUACCUACGGUACUCUUCCUGAUCACGGGGGUGUUGAGAGAAACUGCAGUUAAGACCGCUGACAACUCGGUGCCUGUGCCCGUGUCAGCUGCCCUGCAGGGCAUCAAGACCAUCAUCACCUCCCCACUGGCCCGGGUGGAGAGCAUGCAGACACAGUGGACCGGCCUCGUGAGGAGCAGCCUGGCAUCUGUACUGGAGAACUCACAGCCAGAUGAGUCCAGGCCUGACAUGGAUGAGGUCAGUAUGUUGACAGCGAUUACACUCUUUCUGCUGUCAGCCAGCAAUGAACUUGUUGGAGUAACCGCCCUGCAGAAGGGAUGCAUGGACCGCUUCCGAAAUGCCCUCAACUCAAGUGAUCCUUGGGUUCAGGCACGGUGUUACCAGCUGCUGCUGUCAGUGUUUCAGCACUCCAGCCGUGCCCUGUCUACUCCAUACAUCCACGCUCUGGCUCCACUCAUGGUGGAGAAGCUGAAGGCAGUGGAGCGCAGUCGACCAGGGACUGCCGCUGAGUUGCAGGCUGUGCAGGAGGGCAUCCGGGUCCUGGAGAAUCUGGUUGGCAUGGGUGAAGAGCAGAACAGGGUCCAGUUGCUGGCUCUUCUCGUACCAACUCUCGUCUCCUACCUUUUGGAUGAAAAUGCCAUCUCGUCUGCACCCCAGGUCUCCAAAGCCCUGCAUGAUUUUGCUCUUCAGAACUUAAUGCGGAUUGGCCCCCUCUAUCCAGCUGCCUUCAAGAUAGUAAUUGGUGCAGCACCUGAGCUUAAAAUCCGUCUGGAAUCUGCUAUACGGGCCAACCAGGCCAGCAGCAGAGCCAAAGCUGCAGCCAGGCAAGCUCAGCCGACUGUGCAAGCUGCACCAACCAUCAAACUCAAGACGAGUUUCUUCUAAUCUCUGCAAAAAUGCACUAUUCACUCUCGCAGCCUAAUUUAAUGUUGUAUUUUUGGUCAGUCUUGUUUUCUGUCAGUGGAGUAGUACCACAUGUCACGUCUGCAUCAGCUACUGUUUCUGAAAGUGUAUUUAUUUAUUCUACAUCUCAUCUCUGUUUUUGAUGAAUGUGAACCCUCUAUGAAGUUAAGAAGGCAGUCGUGUAAAUAUCAUUAUUAAGCCUUUGAAUGUUCACUUCAAAAAUAGCUCACUUAAAAAAUCUCUAGGACAUUUUGAUUGAUUGUAUGAAGGUAUCAUUACUGGACUUGAUGCACAUUUAUAAAGGGAUACAUUUUACAUUUCUAUUUUUUUCAGUAGGGUCUUUUUUUUCUGCUCUCGUCCUGUCUCUGGUCAUCCACCCCCACUAUUCAAAAAUCGACAUUUAUACCGUGCCAUCUUUCUCUGUGAUUUUGCAUCAUCUUGAACAUGGCAGUUAUUUUAUUCCUUUAUAUUCCAAUCAUGCGUGUUUGUUGAACGGAGCUGGGUUAGAAUAUAGCCUUAGGGUCUGCUGAUGGUUACUGAUGGGUGUUUACUUACUUUUUGAUUAUUAUUUUUUUGUUCUUAAAUUAGGUCGUAAACAUUCCUUCUACAUGUUCUAAAAAAUGGAUGAUUAUUUUGAACCCAUUUUAAUUAAACACAUGUAAUUAUCACAAAGACGGUUAAUUGGUCUGCUAUCAUAUGAUCUGCAUGAUAUGCAGGUGCUGCACAUCAUACAGAUUUUUAUGUUCCUUUGAGCUGCUUUCUGAUCCACAUUUGUGAGUGUAAUGGCUCCAUGAAUAGGAGAGCAUCAUCUGCCCCGGGGUGGCAGGUUUGUUGAAAUGGUUCCACUGUUUUCUUUGAAAUGUGAAUAAAGUUGCUAUGACCUCA